CUCUGUGCGUGCUGAUUGGUCUGCUGCCGUCACAUGACCAGGGAACAGCGGAAGAAGAGGACUCGGCCGCAAAAAAGAAGGAUCACUUGCAGCCGUCAGGAUGCAGAGCACCACUAACUACCUGUGGCUGAUCUCAGACCUGCUGGGUCAGGGAGCCACGGCCAACGUUUACCGCGGCAGACACAAGAAAACCGGAGAUCUGUACGCAGUCAAAGUGUUCAACAACCUGAGCUUCUUGAGGCCGCUGGACGUCCAGAUGAGAGAGUUCGAGGUUCUGAAGAAACUCAACCACAAGAACAUCGUCAAACUGUUUGCUGUGGAGGAAGAGUCCAACACCCGUCAUAAGGUCCUGGUGAUGGAGUAUUGUCCCUGCGGAAGCCUCUACACGGUUUUAGAGGAGUCGUCCAACGCCUACGGACUCCCCGAGGACGAGUUCCUCAUAGUCCUGCACGAUGUGGUGGCAGGUAUGAACCACCUGAGAGAGUACGGCAUCGUCCAUCGAGACAUCAAACCGGGAAACAUCAUGCGGGUGAUCGGAGAGGACGGACGCUCCGUCUACAAGCUGACGGACUUCGGAGCCGCCAGAGAGCUGGAGGACGACGAGCAGUUCGUGUCUCUGUACGGCACCGAGGAAUAUCUGCAUCCCGACAUGUACGAGCGCGCCGUGUUGAGGAAGGACCACCAGAAGAAAUACGGCGCCACGGUGGAUCUGUGGAGCAUCGGCGUCACGUUCUACCACGCCGCCACCGGCAGCCUCCCCUUCAGACCGUUCGAAGGGCCGCGCAGGAACAAGGAAGUCAUGUAUAAAAUCAUCACAGAGAAGCCGUCGGGGACGAUCUCAGGUCACCAGAAGUGUGAGAACGGGAAGAUCGAGUGGAGCACAGAGAUGCCGGUUUCCUGCAGCCUGUCCAAGGGUCUCCAGAGCCUCCUGACUCCGGUGCUCGCCAACAUCCUGGAGGCCGACCAGGAGAAGUGUUGGGGCUUCGACCAGUUCUUCGCCGAGACCAACGACAUCCUGCACCGCACCGUCGUCUACGUGUUCAGCCUGCAGCAGGCCACGCUGCACCACGUCUACAUCCACGAGUACAACACGGCGGCGCUGUUCCAGGAGCUGCUGUCCCGCAGGACCAGCAUCCCGCUGCACAACCAGGAGCUGCUGUAUGAGGGCCGCCGCCUGGUCCUCGACCCCAACCGCCAGGCCAAGACCUUCCCCAAGACCUCCAGAGACAACCCCAUCAUGCUGGUCAGCCGCGAGUCCGUCGCCACGGUCGGACUGAUCUUUGAAGACCCCAGUCCUCCUAAAGUCCAGCCUCGCUACGACCUCGACCUGGACGCCAGCUACGCAAAGACUUUUGCAGGUGACGUGGGACAUUUGUGGAAAACGUCAGAGUCUCUGCUGGUUUAUCAGGAACUGGUGCGAAAAGGAGUUCGUGGUUUAAUUGAGCUGAUGAAGGAGGACUACAGCGAGAUUCUGCACAAGAAGUCAGAGGUUUUCCAUCUGUGUAACUACUGCACACAGAUCCUGGAGAAAACCGAACAGCUGUUUGAGGUGCUGAUGCAGGCGAACAUGCUGUCGUCAGAAUACGACGAGAUCUCAGACAUGCACAAGAAAGUUCUCAGAAUCUCCGGCUCGUUGGAGCCCAUCGAACGAACGACACAAGACAUCAAGAGUAAAUUUCUUCCGGGAAACCUGCUGACUGACGGCUGGACGCAGCAAGUGGGAACUCACCCCGAGGACAGGAAUGUGGAGAAAAUCAAAGUGCUGCUGGACGCCAUCACAGCGAUCUACCAGCAGUUCAAGAAGGACAAAGCAGAGCGACGUCUGCCGUACAACGAGGAGCAGAUCCACAAGUUUGACAAACAGAAGCUGGUCCUUCAUGCCAGUAAAGCCAGAUCUUUGUUCACAGAGGAGUGCGCCAUGAAAUACCGUCUCUUCAUCUCCAAGAGCGAGGAGUGGAUGAGGAAGGUUCAUCACGUGAGGAAGCAGCUGCUCAGUCUCUCCGGUCAGCUGAUCAACAUCGAGAAGGAGGUGACGAUGCUGAUGGAGCGAGCCAUCAAGCUGCAGGAACAGCUGCCUCAGAAGGUUCUUCCUCUGGUGUCGAGCGGGAUGAAACCUCAGGCCUACCUGAGUCAGAACACGCUGGUGGAGAUGACGCUGGGGAUGAAGAAACUGAAGGAGGAGAUGGAGGGAGUGGUGAAAGAGCUGGCGGAGAACAACCACUUCUUAGAGAGAUUCGGCACGUUGACGCUGGACGGCGGUUUGAGGGGUUAAAGACGUCGGCAGAAUCGGAGACUUCUGAAGGUUUCUGGCUCGUUGUACAUAUUCUGUGUUUAUCCUGUAAAUAUUGUCAGAAUGUAAGAUGGAGCUUUUUGUAUGAUUCUGUCAGUUGGACCUGUUAAUGAACGCAUUAGAAACAGCUUCAGACGCUUUAAACGCUUCAAGAUAUUUUUACCUGAUGACCAGUGAAGGAACACAGAGCUGUGAGCAACAAGACUGCCUUAAAAAAUACCUUAAAUUAAUCUUUAAUAUUCCCCGAAAACUCAACAAACACUUUCAUCUACAUCAAGGUCUAAACCCUUUAAUUAACAAGUACAUUUUAAAGGAUACAUGACUUCCCCCUUAAUUGACAUAUUGAUUUAAAAAAUAUAAUAUUUGACAAAUCCGUUAAUGGUGAGUUUAAGUUGUUAUUAAGGUGAAGGGAUUUUGGUUUAAACUACUGCAAAGUAAUGAUAUUUUAUCUUAUUGUGAUAUUUAAAAGGUUUAUCCAGAUAGUUUGUUAUAUUUGAAGAGGUUUUUAAUGGAUUGUCUGCAGGGAUUAAAAGGUUUUUAAAGGUGUUCAAACUAUUUAAAAUCUACCAAAUAACGUUACACGUGUCCAUUAAUUUUUACUUUAAAAAUGAUUUAAAAAAUUGAUACCAAAUUCAGAGGUUCAUCACAAAUGCGGUUAAGUAAUGGAGUAAAGAUAUAAUACAUAAUAUUAUUAAUGGAUAAUACAGAGCUUAAAGUUCUCAGGCUCAUAAACUUUGUCUUUCUUUAAUCCCUGAUAUUAAAUGAAGGGUUUUAAUGGGUUUUCUUAAUGAUUUAAAGGCUGAAAACUCAUUCAUCCCUUAGUUUUCUUCUUAAUUGUAAAUUCAGGGAUGAUUUAUACUUUAUACGGGUCUAUAAACCUCUGACCAGAACCUUUAAACUAUGCCUCAAUAUAUUAUAAUUAUUCAAUUUACUAAUUAAUUAAACCCAAAUUUGUGGUGAACUUCCUGGAUUCUCACCUAUAUGGAAAAGUUAAAGAACUUUGCAGGACUUUUACUUGAAUCAACAAUCAAUUAACAUAUCAAUUAAUUUAACCAAAAUGAUUGAGAAUGAGAUUAGAGUGUUUGGUGUGUUUUCAGGGAUAAAUUAAGGAUCAUUAACGGGUAUUUUAAUUGGUUGGACUGUAAUAUAUUUAGAGGUGUUUGAUGGAUUUUCAGCAUGGAUUUAAGUUUUUUUUUUAAAGCAUCAAAAACCCCUUAAAAUUUAAAAAGUAACAUCACAGGUACCACUUAAUUUGUACCUUAAAUUUAAAUUAAAUAAAUGUUUCAGUUCAUUUAAAAUACAUUUUAAGGAUAUAACCUGCAGGGAUGGCUUUCAUGUUAUUUAGUUAACCUUUAAAAAUCCCUUAAAUUGGCAGAUAAUCCAUCAAAAAUACCUUAAUAUGAUACAAUCCAUUUCAUUUUUCCAUUAAUUAAUGCCCUAAAAUGGCAUUAAGGGCACCAUAAGUCACAGUUAAUGGGUAAAUUAAUGGAAAUUUAAAGUACAAAGUUAAGUGCUCAUUACAUUUGAUUAUUUAAUGUUCUUGGAGACCUAUCAUGAUAAUAAACAUCAUCAGUUUUUUUUUUCUCUAUUUGCUCGUUAUGUAUUUUCUCUGGACAGUAAGUCAGAGUUCAGGCAUUUGUAACAUGCAGAAAGCCCCCCCCCCCCCCCUUCCUGUUCAUGAAUAAAGGAUCUAAAUAAAUCAGCUCAUCUUCAUCUUUGUCUCGUUAGAUGUUCUGUUCGGUCAGUAAUCAGCAUUCAAAAUGAUCAAUGACUGUAGACUGUACAUAAAUAAAUACCUUAUCAAAGA